GAUUAGCAGGACAACCAGGAGCAAAAGGCCGACCCGGACAGCCAGGAAAACCAGGUGUACAUGGUGCUCCCGGGCGUCUUAUUCAUAUUCCCGGACCGAUCGGACCAGAUGGACCAAAAGGAUCACUUGGUGAUUUGGGACCGGAAGGACCGCCGGGUGUUGAUGGUAUGGCUUAUCCUGGUCCACCGGGCGAGCCUGGUGACAGUGGCAGGAACGGAUUGGAAGGAAGACAGGGGCCGCGUGGUCUUCCAGGCCCGCGAGGUCUGGAUGGUCAGCGUGGAAGUUGCGAUCAUUGCCCAGGUAACAGCUUCAGUUUAUUUGCGAUUCUAAUC